AUGGUAAAAAAUUCCAACCCAAGUAUAAGUGCAAUAACUACCUCGGACUUCCAUUCAACGGUUUCCAGAGUCUCGGCUUCUUUGUCUCUCGCUGACUCCCCAUACCCAUCAGAAAUGGUGAAGGACACGGUGGGCGAUCUCAACACUGACUCCUUCGUAAAGCUUCUCUCGAAGCUUAUCGGAGAAUCCGAAUACGUCCAGAACAACCCGCCGGACCUUAUACCUCAGGAAGACCGGAUUGUGAGGCAUGUCCUCGACGCACUUCUUCCCUACAGCACCCAAACCGGCGGCGGACCACUCAUAGUCAACCACGUCACUUACUUUCCCGGCAGAGGAAACGUCAUUGUUGAGUACCCCGGCACUGUGCCUGGGAAGAUCUUGUCCUUUGUUGGAAUGCACAUGGAUGUCGUCACGGCCAACCCUAACGAUUGGGAUUUUGAUCCUUUCACACUGAGCAUUGAUGGGGAUAAACUUCGUGGCCGUGGAACUACUGAUUGUUUAGGGCAUGUUGCACUUAUAACUGAACUCAUGAGAAGGCUAGGAGAGACCAAGCCAAAACUGAAGUCUACUGUGGUUGCUGUCUUCAUAGCCAAUGAAGAAAACUCGGCUAUUUCAGGGGUUGGUGUGGAUGCUCUGGUAAAAGAUGGAUUGCUGAAUAAGCUAAAGGAAGGUCCUCUGUAUUGGAUUGACACAGCAGAUAAACAACCCUGCAUUGGUACUGGGGGUAUGAUCCCAUGGAAACUUAGAGUGACUGGGAAGCUUUUUCAUAGCGGUCUACCACACAAGGCUAUAAAUCCAUUGGAGCUAGCCAUGGAUGCAGUUAAAGAAAUCCAGCUGCGUUUCUAUAGAGAUUUCCCUCCCCAUCCAAAGGAGCAAAUCUAUGGGUUUGCGACACCAUCAACCAUGAAGCCAACUCAAUGGCAUUAUCCAGGAGGCGGGAUCAAUCAAAUUCCAGCUGAGUGUACGAUUUCAGGAGAUGUCAGGUUAACUCCGUUUUACAAUGUGAUAGAUGUAAUGAAGAAGUUACAAGAAUAUGUAGACGACAUAAAUAACCACAUCGAGAGGCUAGAAUCACGGGGCCCAGUUUCGAAAUAUGUCCUACCAGAUGAAGACCUAAGGGGAAGCCUUACAAUAAGUUUUGAUGAGGCAAUGUCUGGAGUUGCUUGUGAUCUUAAAUCUCAUGGCUUCCAUGUACUAUCGAAGGCAACUGAGGAGGUGGUUGGGUAUGUGAAGCCUUACUCAAUCACUGGUAGUUUGCCGCUCAUUCGUGAACUGCAGGAUGAAGGCUUUGAUGUUCAAACCUCAGGCUAUGGUUUAAUGGCGACAUACCAUGCCAAGAAUGAAUACUGCCUUCUUUCUGAUAUGUGCCAAGGCUACCAAGUGUUUGUCAGCAUCAUUUCCCAGUUGGAAGAUUGACACUGCUGACUGCUAAAUCAUACCAGCAAACAUAAAAUAUGCAAAUGCUCACGUUUCUUCUCUAAUCCUCUCAGUAUUAAAGGGAUUGUAUAAGUUUUCAAAGCCAGUUACUUGUUUUACAUGCAGGGCUUACGUUUCUUGAUUUGAUAUUGACUGCCUUUAGUUUUGUUUUC